UCGGAAACAAUCAGUAUUAACAAAAAAAAAAAUAACAAAGCAAUUAAAUUCGUAAGCGUUCGCCGACAAACAAAUCAGUGUUAAAAAGCCGCAGAGACAUUUAUUAAACACUUAAAUAUAUCAUUUGUUUCAACGACAACAAUAUCUGACUUAUGAAUAUCCCCGGCUCGAAGUGAGAACUGGCGAGCCAUGGCGUUACUCUUCCGACGCAUGUCAAUGCUUUCAAAUAUUAUCCUUAUAUAUAUUUUUCUUUGCACAAUAUUUGUGCAUGGAUAUAAAAAGCAAGAAUGGGCUGAAAUCGGAAGGAACUUCUCCUUGGAAUGCACGACGGAGGAUGAAAAAGCCACCUGGAUGUUCGGUAACAAGACUAUUGAUGAAAAGAACACAAGAUUGAAAGUCCAAACGAUGCCCAACGUAAAUGUUGGCGAAACGAACAGGACCCACGCUUUUGUCAGUAAACUAUUUUUAGCCGAUGUGAAUAUUUCGGACGCCGGCAACUACACUUGCAAACAUGCGGCGACCAAUGAUUCCACUGAAUUUAAUGUGCAGACAUACCUGCCAUCGAAGAUCGUGGAGAGCACGGCCGAUAAAAUAAGGAGAAAGAUCGGGCAGGAUGUGGUAUUGUUUUGUUUGGUCAAAGUCUAUCCGCAAAACGCAACGAUCCACAAGAAUCUCAAGUGGCUGAAGGACGGCAGCGCGUUUCCAUUCAUGGACACCUUCUCCUCGACUGCCAAGCUGAAUGAGACGCAUUUGAACUUCACCCUGGAGUUCACGGAGGUUUACAAGAAGGAGAACGGAACGUACAAGUGUGUGGUAUACGACAGUGCUGGCACCGAAGGAACUUCCAAGGAAAUAAACCUGUUCGUGAUGGAGGUGCCACAAGUGAGCAUUGAGUUCGCCAAGGCUGUGGGUGCGAGCAAGAUAUUCCUCAAUUGGACCGUAAACGACGGCAACGAUCCCGUCCAGAAGUAUUUCAUUUCGUUCUCCCAGCAAGGAACGCCCACGUACACGUACUACAAGGAUAUCAUUAAUGGGAACAACACGUCGUACAUUUUGGAAUCAUUCCUGCCAAACACAACCUAUUCCCUGCGAAUCCUGGGCAAAAACUCGAUCGGCGACGGAGCACCCAACCAGUAUCCCGUGGGCAUAACAACCCUAUCUUUCGAUCCCAUAUUCAUUCCCAAGGUGGAAACGACUGGGAGCACAGCGUCGACGAUAACCAUUGGCUGGAGUCCCCCGCCCCAGGACAUAAUUGAAUACAUACAGUACUACGAGCUGAUUGUCUCCGAGUCGGGAGAGGUGCCCAAACUGAUCGAGGAGACGAUUCACCAGCAAAACUCCAGAAACCUGCCAUACAUGUUCGACAAUCUAAAGACGGCCACAGAGUACGAGUUCAGAGUGCGGGCCUGCAGCGAUCUAACGAAGACCUGUGGUCCCUGGUCGGAUGUCGUGAAUGGCACCACCAUGGACGGUGUGUCGACAAAGCCCACAAAUCUGACCAUCAACUGCCACCAUCACAACAAUUCCAGACUCAACUCCAUUUCGAUAAGCUGGAACUAUCCCAAGGUGCCAAACGGGAAGAUCAUUUCGUAUUUGAUCACCCUAGAGGGCAACUACAGGUACACGCUCGAGAACAAUAUAUUCAACGAGAAAUGGGGACCAAAGAUCCGACGAGUGGAUGAGCCCCACCACAAGACCACCUAUGACGGCGUCAGCCCAAACACAAACUACUCGGUGACCGUUUCGGCCAUAACGCGCCACAAGAAGAACGGGGAGCUCGCGGGCGGGCACUGUGUGAUGCCCGUGUCCACGCCCGAUGUCGUUGGCCGCACUAUGUGGUCGAAGAUCAAACAUGGCUCGAAAUAUCUUCUCAAACUGUAUCUGCCCAAAAUCAGCGAGCGAAACGGCCCCAUAUGCUGCUACCGAUUAUAUCUGGUGAAAAUUACCAAUGCCAACAAGGAACUGCCAGCGCCAGACAAACUAAAUAUCGACACAUAUCACCAGGUGCACAGCGAGAACGCCACCAAGGCCUAUGCCUAUGUGGCGGAGAUGAUCAGUAGCAAGUACUUCAAGCCGGAGAUCUUUCUGGGCGAUGGCAAUCGAUUUGUGGAGAACGCCGAGCUAAUGGACAACGACGAGAUAUGCCGCCAGUGCUUGGAGGGCACGGCAUUCCUUAGAAAGUCUGAGCUGGCACAGAAAUCAGCCAUGGGCUCCCUCUCACAUCUGGAAUUUCGCAUUUCAUCGCAGAAGGAGCAACUGAUUAAGGCGGGAAAUCUAACAGAAAACGCUUUUAAAAUAUUGGAAAACAAAAAGCGAGUCAGACGCAAUACAAUUAAUCCGAAAAGCGAACAAAACUCCAACUCCAACUUCAGCUCCAAUCCAACCCAAGAUGUCCUACCCACUCCCGCUGCUGUCCAUGAGAUAUGGGACGGCGAGAUAGAUAUUAAUGCCAAUUAUACAGGAUUUCUCGAAAUAGUUGUGCGCGACGUGAAUGGAGCUCUCCUGGCAUACAGCGAUUAUUUUGAUGUAAUCACGCCAGCCACAGAAGCGGAGCCAAAUCAUUCGCUUAAGGAUAUGGACUACUAUUUGAAUAUUGGCAUCAAAGCGGGUGCCGUGCUAUUUGGCAUAAUCAUUGUCUUCUUUGUACUAUGGAUUUUCCAUCACAACAAGACCAAGAACGCGAUGCCUGGAGAAGAAGCAUUAACACUGAGAGAUUCAUUGAGGGCCCUUUUCGGACGUCGAAGCCACAAUCACAGUCACUUUAUUACGUCUGGAAACCACAAAGGCUUUGAUACUGGGCCAAUCCAAAGAUUUGAACUCGAAAAUGCCUAUAAAAACCGUCACAAGGACACGGACUAUGGAUUCCUUCGAGAAUAUGAAAUGCUGCCGAAUCGCUUCAGCGACCGAACAACGAAAAAUAGUGACAUUAAGGAAAACGCCUGCAAAAAUAGGUACCCCGAUAUUAAGGCCUACGACCAAACCCGCGUGAAACUGGCGACUGCAAACGGACUGCAAUCAACCGACUACAUCAAUGCGAACUUCGUCAUUGGCUACAAGGAGCGGAAGAAGUUUAUCUGCGCACAGGGUCCGAUGGAGAGUACCAUUGACGACUUCUGGCGCAUGAUAUGGGAACAGCAUCUGGAGAUAAUUGUGAUGCUCACCAAUUUGGAGGAAUACAAUAAGGCGAAGUGCGCUAAAUAUUGGCCUGAAAAAGUAUUUGAUACUAAGCAGUUUGGAGAUAUUUUAGUGAAAUUCACACAAGAACGAAAGACUGGCGAUUAUGUUGUGCGAACGUUGAAUGUUUCGAAGAGCAACCUUAUUGGCGAUGAGGAGGAUCGCAGAGAGAUUACCCAAUACCACUAUUUAACGUGGAAGGAUUUUAUGGCACCGGAACACCCGCACGGCAUUAUCAAGUUUAUACGACAAAUCAAUUCCGUUUACUCCCUUCAACGAGGCCCCAUUUUAGUGCAUUGCAGUGCCGGUGUGGGUAGAACCGGUACGCUAGUCGCUUUAGAUUCUCUUAUACAACAAUUGGAGGAAGAAGACUCGGUUUCGAUAUACAACACCGUAUGUGACUUACGACAUCAGCGCAAUUUUUUAGUUCAGUCUCUGAAACAAUACAUUUUUCUAUACCGCGCUUUGCUAGACACUGGAACUUUUGGAAAUACGGAUUUAUGUAUUAAUUCAAUGGCAUCAGCCAUUGAGUCACUCAAGCGAAAGCCGAACGAGGGUAAAUGCAAAUUAGAAAUGGAAUUCGAGAAACUAUUAAUCACCAUGGAUGAGGUAAACAAAUCAUGCUCUGUGGGCGAAAACGAAGAAAACAAUUCAAAGAACAGAAGCCUGGAGGUCAUUCCAUACGAUCGCAAUAGAGUAAUAUUGACUCCGCUUCCUAUGAGAGACAACUCGACUUAUAUUAACGCCUCGUUUAUUGAGGGCUACGACAAUAGUGAAACCUUCAUUAUUGCCCAGGAUCCACUCGAAAGCACCGUUGGCGAUUUCUGGAGAAUGAUCUCCGAACAAAGUAUUUCCACGCUGGUAAUGAUAUCUGAAAUUGGAGACGGUCAGAGGAAAUGUCCACGUUAUUGGGCCGAUGAUGAAAUCCAAUAUGACCAUAUACUUGUGAAAUAUGUGCACAGCGAGAACUGCCCCUACUAUACGCGGCGGGAAUUCUAUGUUACAAACUGCAAAAUCGACGAUACAUUGAAAGUGACACAGUUUCAGUACAACGGUUGGCCAACCGUCGAGGGGGAAGUUCCUGAAGUAUGUCGAGGAAUAAUAGAACUUGUGGAUCAAGCAUACAACCAUUACAAAAGCCAUAAAAAUAUUGGUUGUCGAUCGCCCCUUACAGUUCAUUGCAGCCUCGGGACUGAUCGAAGUUCUAUUUUCGUGGCCAUGUGCAUUUUAGUCCAGCACCUUAGAUUAGAAAAAUCAGUUGACAUCUGUGCAACAACAAGGAAAUUAAGAUCUCAGCGACCGGGACUUAUCAACUCAUACGCACAAUACGAGUUCCUACAUCGCGCAAUAAUGAAUUAUUCAGACUUGCAUCAUUUAUCGGAGUCGAUAGAGGAUUGAGUGGGUUAUGUAUAAGCGAGUACAUGGCACCACGCGGGUGGUAUGUCAGAAUGCAAAGUGUUUUUUGGUAAAUUAUUUGUAUAUUUAUAAAACUAUCUUUUAAUGACGUAUUUAUAAUGGCAAAUGUACAUUUUUAAGUAAAUUCAGUUUGCCUGAAUAUAAUUUACAAAUAUGUAUGUAUGUAGGUGUAUACGUAUAAUAUUGAUAAUGCUACCAAAGGAAAAUAAGAAAUAUAUUUUAUAAGACGAAAUAUAAUAAAAAU